GCUACUAGUACUACCACUGACGCUAGGUCUAUCGGACGUUGUGUAAAGACUUUCGUCAUAUUACCAGUAGAAAAACGCACGUAUCUCAUAGUCAUAGCAUGCAAUGAAGCAGUAGUUCUAUAUUUUUGCUACGAUGUAUUAUUAUAGCUUCGUAGAUCUGUGAAAAGCAGCCCGUCACGGCUCAACCGCGUCGUAAUGUCACGUGAUACUGAUAGUUUACCAUGGCAACAGAGACUUUCGAGGACGGGGAGAUAAAUUGGGCAGUGGCGGCUGCUGACUCCGACUGCACAUGAACUACAAUGCGGAAAUGUGUUACGUGAACGGGUGACUUCAGGAAGUGGUCUGUCAAGAAGGGAGCCACAGCUUACCACUGUUGCUGUGAAGAAAACCACUCCCACUAGCAAUUGCAACGCCCCUCCCAACAAAAACAGUUGUCGUAGCAAGAAACCAAAUGUCAGACGGAGCUGCAGUUCAAAGCACGAGAGGAGUGCAGUUGGACAGUAAUGGGCGUGUCAUACCUCACAGCAUUCUAGGCAGCAUUGAGGAGUAUCUGCAGCAGAUGAACAUACAAGCAGAUGUGGAUAAAUCUCCUAAGGAUCAGCAGUCUGAGGCCAAGUGCAACGUUGACUGUCAGGGUCCAGGUGUGGUAGCACCACCUGCUGGUAAACCUCUUCCUCAAGGUUCCUCUACAGAAGACAUGGCUCUCAACAGGUGGAAGCAGAAAAUGGAAGAACGAAUAAAUAUACAACGACGUCUAGGACGUUCCACGGAUAGGAGCUUAAAAGAAUUGCUAAUGAACCAGGCAGACUCAUAUAGAGCUGUACAGGAACAAAGGCAGUUGAUGGACAGAGUAAUGCCUGCUGUUGAUCAGGGCAAGGGCUACCGUGUUGGAAGUGAAUUCUGGAAUCAGCAGGAGAGGAUAGGUGAUGACAUACAUGGAAUUCAUACGACAUUGACAACGACAGAAAGAGGGUGUCCACCUCCUCUUGAACUACUUGGUUAUUCAAAAACCAUACAGGAAGAGAUGGGAAUAAGGAAACAGACAACUCCACAAAGCUGGCAGGAGUCCAAGUAUCUCAAGAAUAGAAAGGAGAAGCUUCGACCGCUGCUAGCUCGAUUACUUCCUCAUCAACCAGAGUUUCCAGAAUUGGAGGUUAUAGGCACAGGAGAUGUGUCAUUGAACAACAAUCCUGCUACUGAUACUGUGGAAGAGGAAGAAUUGCUCGAAGCCGUGGCUACUGAAGAUACCCUAGAAAAGCAGACUACAGAGGUUCUAAAGGGGCCUGCUCUGAAAAUAAACGCUUGGCAUGUAAGAUGGAGUGGUCAUCCAACAACAGAAGCAGCCUCUGCGAUAGGUUUGCAGGAGCGGCUAGUCUUUGAAGCAACAGCUGGUGACAAGUGCAGCGCCAAUGUAAAUCUUAGCAAUGAUGGCUGCACAGCAAUAUACUAUAGUUGGAAACGAGUCCCGAAGGAAACCUCUUUUGGAAUAAAACCCAAAUCCUGCAUGAGCCAGUGUUUUUAUUUCAACACCAGUGAUGGCUCUAUACUUCCUGGUGAGGUAAUAGAUAUCAGUAUAUACUUCAAGAGCAGCUGUGCAGGCAUAUUCUCUGAGACGUGGGAGCUUGUCACAGUUCCAGUGCUGGGCCAGGGUGCUAGGCUACACUUUAUCUUAACAGGAAUCGCUACACAAGAGGAUUUGUUCAAGGAGGAGCGAGACAAGAUUCUGGGAGAACUGGAGCACAGGCAGGCUGUGAGAAUCGCUGGCGAUAUGAUCGACUCUAUCCUGCUAAACGUGAACACUCCAGAGAGACCACAGUCACCAGCAGAUGCCUACCUCACGCUCGAGGACAGGUUUAGCACACAGAACCCGAGGUUGUUCUACAAGCACCAGUGUGUAGAUUCCCUCAAUGAGCAGUUCUUGAAGCUGGUCCCAGACAAGGCAUGGGAUGCUUCCCUCAUGAGCUUGCGCAAGGUCAUCAUGGAGUUGGAGGAUGAUGAGCAGCGAUCAAUAGAGCUGGAGCAAAUGAAUAACUCCAUAUCGGAGCUGUGCUUCAGGGAACGUCGGCCAGUAAUGGCCAGGCACCACCAGAUUGCGUACCAGCUGCUGGUGGAGACCAUCGAUGCCAUGGUGCAUGACAGCUGUGAGAUGCGCCGCAGCAUGGGUCUGCCGGAUAGAGGCCUGCCAGAGCAGGAGGCGAGUGCCACGGACAUGAAUGUAGCAGGAGGUGGAUCAGGUGCAACCAUGGGAAAGGGUAAAGCAGGAAAAGUGGAUAACAAGAAGGAAACAAGGAAAGGAGGCAAAGCAAAGAUUGAACCUGCUAAGCCCAAGUCUGCACCAGCCACUAAGAAGGGGACACCACCUGCACAGGCUCCUCCAGUGAAAGUGCCACUUGUGCUCACUGAUGGAAAGCUGGACCAGGAACUGGGCAGCCAGGAGAGGAUCAUUCUAGAUCCAGUUCUUGAAGAGAAUUACCGAGAGAGGAUCCAUAUUCAGACAUAUCAUCUGAUUAGUUCCAUGUUCGACAAGCUUACUCUUCUGCUUGAUGAUGGCUUCACAAGUGUUAGAGCAUAACUGUCACCGCAAGUGAGAGGAUGUCUUUCUAACCUGUGAGUGAUCUGCCACCUUAUAUAUAAUCCACGAAGAAGGCCUUACAACUUCGUAAACAUACUGCACUGUACAUAUAUAUGUGUGUGCAUUUAUAGAAGGCAUCUUUAAUCCAUAUCAGCUGUCAAUUUGCACAUUUGUUACUAAAGGAGUUCUAAUAAUUCCUGCAUUCCAGGCAUCACAAGCCUUUCGAAAACGUCUCAUUUCCCAUCAGUCAUUGUACAAUAAAAUCUUAUUGCAAACCAGUUACUGCUUUCAAACGUUUUGAACACCUGUAAAAAUGCAUGCAACUAAAUAACAAAAUAACCAACAAGUGUACAAUCUGCUA